GUAAAUAAUUCAAGAAUAAAACUUCCGGGUUAUAAGAUUUAGGACUUAUAGAUCGGAAAUGAAACAGGUUGGACUUUACAAAAGCGUAUGGUAUGAACGAAACGUUUAAAAUGUCUUGGAGAGCAGGAGACUGGAUUGUGUUCUGGUUGUGUUUUAUCGCAGUAAGUGAAGCUGCUUUGUUGGCAAACUGCAAUGAGAAUGACUCAUCAAAUUGUACAGCGAUUAUUGAAAGCUGUAUUAGUGACAGCUGUGCAUGUAGUGGUGGACAUUUUAAUGUGAGCAAUGUGUGUAAAUCAAGCUCCAUAACAGUCACCCUCCCAAUACAAUCUAUCAGUGUGGUAUAUGGAUCAGAUGUGGAACUAAUAGCUUCAAUCACAUCAGAAGUACCUUUAAAUCCCAUCAAAUGGCUGAUCGGAUCAACAGAGCUAGUUAUAGUCACACCUAAGUACACACAGAAUGGUGUUGGUCCAGAAACAGUCACACUGACCAUACACAAUGUAGACUUCUUUGACUCUGGUAAUUACCAGGUGGAAGUCAGCAACCUUGCAGGAAUCACCAGCACAAGUAACCAGGUGUUACUUACUGUGACUGGAGAGAAACCAACAGUAACACUACCUGGGACAAUAACAGAGACGGACACCACUGUAACCAUCCACUGUACUGUCAGUGUGUCACAGGGUUCUCCUGCACUUACAUCUGUGUACUGGUUGUUAAAUGGUCAGAAUCUGGACAUCUUAGACAGUACCAAAUACUCUGGAGGAACCGUGAAUACCACAUCACUAUCCAUUAAUAACAUAGGACCUACAGAUGCUGGAGAAUAUCGUUGUGGGGCUAACAAUCUUCUUGCUUCUUCAAACAGUUCACAAUCAGUAACUCUGGCUGCUCCUACUGUUGUAACAAUCUCAAAACAACCCGCUGGUCCAGUUAAUUACAACAGCAGUGUCACAUUUACUGGAUCAUACACAUCAAAUCUCCUCAGUGUUAGCCUCAUCAAGUGGCGGAAACUGACAUUGAGUUACUAUAUUGAUAUUGAUAUCACAACAGAUAAAUACACAGGGAGCUAUGUUACAGGAACCAGUCCUAAACUAAAAAUAGAUCCAGUACAACUUAUUGAUGAAACAUCAUAUAGACUUGAGGUCAGCAAUGGAGUUGGAUCCACAUCAAGUAACCUUAUCUCACUUAAUAUGAUUGGAGGUAAUUUAACAGUUAGUACUGGUGCAAACGUUACUGGUCGGUUUGGUGGAAGUGUCACAAUAGAUUGUACUGUGACUGGUCCUGAAGUCAACAAGAUACAGUGGAUGAAGUACAUCAAUAACAACCCAGAAGACAUUUCAAUAGAUGGUCAGAAGUUCACUGGGGGAUUUGUUGACACCAAGGCUCUGACAAUAAACAGCCUGACCAACAAUGAUGCUCUGUAUCAAUAUCAGUGCACAGCCAGUAACCCAAGAGGAGUCUUUAAAAGUGCUAAUACAGCUACAGUCACUGUCAAAUAUGGACAGUUUGAUGAGGAUUGUUCAAACUCAGAGCCUUGUGAUACCGAUAAAUAUCUGGCAUGUACUAACAGUAAAUGUCUCUGUAUGAAUACCUACUACCACAAGGACCAAGUGUGUUAUCCAAUAAGUGGGAUAGCCUCAACCGUCAUCGCUCUAAACAGGGAGACAAACAAUUUCUCUAUAUUCUGGAAUAACCCUAGUACUGACUAUGAGCUUAUAUUUGGUUAUGAAGUAAAAUGGAGAGUUAAAGGUUUUAUGGAAGACUCAUCAGGUCAACUAAGCAGGACAGUAAACCAGUAUACAGCUUCCAGUAAUCUAACACCAGGUCAACUCUACAUAGUGAUUGUGAUCUCUCAUGUGACUCUAACAAACCCUGCAGAUAGCUUUGUUGUAGCCUCAAGUGACAAAAAAGUCAGAUUAGUUCCAUUGCCCCCUGGUCCUAUUCUAAGAGGUUCAAGUAACUUUGCUUAUGACAACCUCAUAAUAAAAUGGACUGCUCCAGCCAACAACACUUUUGUGACAAAGUACAGAGUAUCAGUUGAUGGCACCACACAACAAACAUCAAGUUAUAAACCAGAAAUUCACUUUAUAGCCAAAGACUUAACCCCUGGAAUGAAUUACACUGUCAAAAUAGUAACAGUUAGUGGUACAACAGAUGAUGUCCAAGAGAGCUCAGUGCUCAAUGAUACAAUAAGGAUUACUCCAACAAAACCUGGCCCACCAACUGAUGUUCGUUGUCCAGAAAGUCCAUUAGAUGUCUCUCUAGAAAUAUCUUGGAAAGCUCCAACCAACCCAAACGGAAGAAUUGAUCAGUACCUAAUAAACAUAAAAGAAGAACCAAGAACAAUCCCUACAUCGUCAGAUCAAACAAUGAAAAAAAUUGAAGGAUUAUAUCCAGAGCAAACCUAUACAUUUACUGUACAGACAAUAAAUGAUGCAGCAGAAUCCAUCAGAGUCAGUGAUCCAAGUUCACCUGUUGCAUGCAAUACUAAAGCUGGAGGUAAUUUAACAGUUACUACUGGUGCUGAUGUCACUGGUCGGCUUGGUGGAAGUGUCACAAUAGACUGCACUGUGACUGGACUUGAACUCAACAACAUACAGUGGAAAAGGCACAUCAAUUCCAACCCAGAAGACAUUUCAAUAGAUGGUCAGAAGUUUACUGGGGGAUUUGUUGACACCAAGGCUCUGACAAUAAACAGCCUGACCAACAAUGAUGCUCUGUAUCAAUAUCAGUGCACAGCAAGUAACCCAAGAGGAGUCUUUAAAAGUGCUAAUACAGCUACAGUCACUGUCAAGUAUGGACAGUUUGAUGAGAAUUGUUCAAACUCAGAGCCUUGUGAUACUGAUAAAUAUCUGGCUUGUACUAACAGUAAAUGUCUCUGUAUUAACACUUACUACCACAAGGACCAAGUGUGUUAUCCCAAAGCUGGGCUAUCCCCCACCAACAUCUUUCUAAACAGCAAGACAAAUAUGUUCUUUGUAUCUUGGAGUAAUCCUACUUCUGACUAUGAGCUUUUCUCUGGUUAUGAAGUGACCUGGAGAUUUUUAGGAAGCUCAUUUAAUUCAUCAGGUCCACUUGUGAAAAAUGUAAACCAGUAUAAUGUAUCUAGUGGCCUGAUAUCUGGACAGCUAUAUACAGUGACCGUGAUGUCUAAAGUAACUCUAACAAAUCCUGCAGGUAGCUUUGUUCAACCCUCACCUGACACUCCAGUGAGACUAGUUCCAUCAGCACCUGGUCCUGUUAUACCAAGUCAAAGUAACUUUGCUCACGAUAACCUUCAAAUAAAAUGGACUGCGCCUGUCAACACAGUGGUCUCAAAAUAUGAAGUAUCACUAGAUGGCACUACAUAUACUACAAUGAGUAGUGAUGCAAUGUUUCAAUUCACUGGUAAAGUUUUUGUACCUGGACAUUUGUACGUCAUUAGCAUAAUAACAGUGAGUGGUACAACAUCGGAUAUUGUCAAGAAAAGCUCAAAUCAUACGGAAUGGAUUAGAACUACUCCAACAAUGUCCUCUGCUCCAACAAACUUGAACAUAGAUGGAAUUAAAAGCAGAGAAUUUAGGAUUCAGUUCAACAGACCAGACGGUGUCAGUGGCAUCUUAGCAGCUUACAAGAUUGUUAUUUCAGAACGAGGAAACUGCGUUCAGCAGAUUCUAGUCCAUGGUAUCUGCUCUAUCUGUAAGAGCACAGUAGGCUGUCCACCACCAAUAAAUUAUACUGUCCCCGACAUUACCAACAAUAAUGUGUCAUACACAGCAAGUCGUCUGGAUCCAUACUCACAUUAUGUGGUGAAGGUGGUGGCUAUUAAUGGAGAGGGGGAAGGACAUCCUGUGAACGAAACAGUCAGGACUGAUGAAGAAGUUCCACUGCAGCCUGAACAGAUAACUGCAAGCAAUGCUCAAUCUUCAUCGUUAACACUGGCUUGGACUUUACCGGACCCAUCACCUGGAAAUACAACAUACACUAUUUACAUAUAUGAAGGGAUCGAUGAUAAUGGAACAAGUUUUUUAAUGAAGGAAUCCAUAAAAGUGUAUGGGUUUGAGACAAAGAUGCUAUCAGUGACAGGUUUAGAGGAGUAUUGGCCGUAUAAAUUCCAAGUUAACGCUGCUACAGUGAAAGGAAAUACAACAUCAGACUUUUCAAGUGUUUUUCAAACGAAAGAAGCAGUGGUAAAAGAUGACGAAACAACCAGUACAUCAUCUAUCAUUGGAAGUGUUGUUGCUGUUAUCUUAGUUGUAGCUGGGGUUGUGAUCGGCAUUUUUAUAUGGAAACGAAAUCGAAGGCAAAAAGAAUAUAAAGAACGGGCUAAUACCUACGCAGAUCUGAAACUUGAUGAACGUACAAAAGUAGAUCAACCCUAUUCAUUAUUGGAAUUCGGAAGUCGAACUGUAAACAGCAAGUCAGUUCCAUUGAAUUCUUUCUAUGAUUAUGUGGUGGAUCUUUUGAACAACAGUCGACAAAAACUGACGAAAGAAUAUCAUGAUUUAUUACACGCUACUGAAAGAUCCGCCUUGACUGUUGCUUCUUCCAAAGAUAACGUCUCAAAAAAUAGAGGCAAUAUCAUUCCAUAUGACUUUAAUCGUGUUAGACUAUGUUCACCUGGAGCAAGUGACUACAUCGAUGCUAGUGUUCUGUUGGACAAAUGCUAUAUUUUGACGAGCUAUCCUAUCACAAAAACAUUUGGGAACUUCUGGCAAAUGGUAUGGGAACAAAAUGUCUCAACAAUAGUUGUGAUGACAGGACAUAGCGAUGACAGAGAGCCAUGGUACUUUUCGGAUAUUGAGGGAACUGUCCGUACCAUGGAAAGAAUUGAUGUCGAGUUGCAUGCCAAAUUCAAAUCAUCUGAGAGUGUCACUAUGAGGAAAAUAAAACUGUCCAGGGGGAAGCAUUCAAAGGUUGUCAACCACUUCCAUGUGAUAAGCCUGGAAAUGACUGACCUUCCAGAUCAGAUUCUUGCUCUGAUCAAUACUAUAACACAGAAUAAUGUAAAGAACACGGGACCUCAGGUUGUACACGGUGGAUGCACUGGGAUCGAUAAUAGUGGUGUUUAUAUUGCGGUUGAUCAUGCAGUGAAAUCUGUAGGUUCCGGUGGUAAUGAAAUUGAUGUGUAUGGAACUGCACGGACAGUGAUGAAAGAAAGAAUGUUUUCUGUUUCCUCGUUGGAACAAUAUUCAGCCAUAUACACUUGUCUUCAGAAAUAUGUACAAAACUCGCCUGCCUGUAAAAACGAUGCUACAGGUGCUUACGAAUAUUUACCCUGAAUUAAAACGCCAACCUGAAAAAGAACUUGCAACACAUUGCAACAAAUAUUUGAUGAAUAAUGAAGGAUACCUUAAUGUAAAUGCCAGAACAUUGUAUUUUAUCUUAAAGUACCAUUUUUAUCCAAGACUGUGUGUAAAUCAAAGUUUUCACGUAGCCAAAUACAUAAACUAAUAUAUGUUAUAAUAUUACCUCUUAGUCACUUGUCCACGUAUACUAUUGCAAUUUAGAAAACGUGUAGCUUAGAUUUUCAAACUAUUUAGUUACAGAAUAAUUUUCCAUUUUUUCUGAGAAUAUAUGUGCAUUCUGACCUAUGAGUCUGGAUAUUGUUAAUUAUCAAGCUGUAGAAAAUGUACAUGUAAAGUUGGACAAUUGAGCCUAGAUGUGCGUAUUUAUUGUAGAUAAUUUUUGUUUUUCAUAAUAAUUCAGUGAUGCAGUUGAUUCCGAACAAUUAAAAGGAUUUCAUAAAC